UCUCUCUCUCUCUCUCUCUCUCUAGUCUGUACAAACUUAUCACCUAAAAAGAAAAAAGAAAAACUUAUUUUUGGCCUCUCUCUCUAUCUAUGCGACACUGAGAGCGCAGAUACAGAAGAGAGAGAUUUUAUAUGUGUUAAAUGGUAAGGAUAAUACCUAUGGCAUCCUCAAUUCGGCCUUCUCUCUCCUCGUUUAGACUCUGUAAUAGCACUGGUCCUCUCUCGUCUUCUUCUUCUUCUUCUUCUUCUUCUUCUGUUUCUGUGUUUCCUUGUAGCUCUUCUUCUCGCAGAUUCACUUAUCUAGGCAGCGCUGUUCCACAAUCACACUUCUUUGGCUUGAAAGCUACUUCUAAACCUUGGAGAGGAGAAAUUAGUACUAGUAGUAGUGGCCUUGGGGUGGCUGCAACUGGAAAUAUGGCACAAGCAAGCACGUUUGCUUCCCAAGAGAGUGCUCUAGAAUGGGCCAAAAGCGACAAACGAAGAAUGCUGCAUGUUGUUUAUCGUGUUGGAGAUUUGGACAGGACCAUAAAAUUUUACACUGAGUGCUUGGGAAUGAAGCUUCUGAGGAAACGUGAUAUACCAGAGGAGAGAUAUACAAAUGCCUUUCUUGGAUAUGGACCAGAAGAUUCCCAUUUUGUCAUAGAACUCACUUACAAUUAUGGAGUUGACAAGUAUGAUAUUGGAACUGCAUUUGGACAUUUUGGAAUUGCAGUUGAGGAUGUUGCCAAGACUGUGGAGCUCAUAAAGGCUAAGGGUGGCAAAGUAACUAGAGAUCCUGCGCCUGUUAAAGGUGGCAAGACAGUGAUUGCGUUUAUUGAAGAUCCGGACGGUUAUAAGUUUGAACUUUUAGAAAGGGGACCAACACCUGAGCCCCUUUGUCAAGUCAUGCUUCGUGUUGGUGAUCUUGAUCGUUCUAUCAAUUUUUAUGAGAAGGCUUUUGGCAUGGAGCUUCUUCGCAAACGCGAUAAUCCAGAAUAUAAGUAUACAAUAGCAAUGAUGGGUUAUGGUCCUGAAGAUAAAAAUGCUGUGUUAGAGUUGACAUACAACUAUGGAGUCACUGAAUAUGACAAAGGAAAUGCUUAUGCUCAGAUUGCAAUAGGCACGGACGAUGUCUAUAAAACUGCAGAAGGAAUCAAAUUGUUUGGUGGAAAGAUUACUCGGGAACCAGGACCAUUACCUGGCAUCAACACUAAGAUAACUGCAUGCUUAGAUCCUGAUGGUUGGAAGUCGGUUUUCGUAGACAAUAUUGAUUUUCUCAAGGAAUUGGAGUGAGCUUUUAGAGGAUCAUCAAUAGUAAAACAUCCAGUUGUAGAUUUAGAAGCUUGGGCCAAAAUGGUUGUGGAAAUUUAUCACCUGUGAGAUUACGAUUUGAAAUCCCAUUUUGUAGAUAAAAUUAUACUCUUUUCACAAUGACCAUAUCAAUAAACAUCUAGGCGGGAGAUUUGCAGCAAUGAAGAGAUGUUAAUAUAUUUGUUGAA